CCGGCCGCUGCUGCGGCUCAGCUUCCCCUUCGGCCCACCCCCGAACACGGCCCCUCAUCCUCGCCUGCACCGCGUCCCCUAGCACGGCCCCCUCAGCCCCGUCCCGCUGCUCCCCACAGAUGCCCUCAGUGCCUCGCUGCCACCCCCGUGCCCCAGCGCGGCUCUCGGGCCGCCCUCUCCACAGACAGGGACGUGGGGCGGGUGGGGGGUGGCCGUCCCUGCUGUCUGCCCGUGCUGUGCCCCAGAGUCCGCUGCCCGUGGGGCCUCCCCGCAGCCGCUCUGCAGCCCAUCUCCAGCCGGCGAUGAGCUCUCCAAUGCCCCCAGCGCACCCACCACCCUCCGCAGGACCCCCGGGACCACCUCCCUUGCCCGUCAGGUGCCUGCCCCAGCCUUGCCCAUGUCCUCAAACCCUGUCUUACCCUUAAACCAUCUGCAGGCAGGAGCCACCUCGGGCACUGCUGGUGGGACACUGUCCCAAAGGGCUGCAGGGACGCAGAUCCUGGAGCAGGGACACCAGCACCAACCAGCUGGCCAGAGCACCCCUGCCAGGGCUUGACUCGACUGCCAAACCAUUCCUGCCUCAGAGGCAGUAAACAGUGACACAGGACAGUUAGACACUGUGAUGGCCCAACACAACGCCCUGCCAUGCACAGCUUCCCCUUGCUUCCCAGAGGAGUUAGGCUCUUCAGUGAAGCUCAUGUCCCACAUGAAGAGACUAAUUCCAAGAAGCCACAGGGCCUCACCCAGCUUUUCUGUGCUCCCACAGAGCUCAGCUGUGCACCCUCUGCACCUCCCUGCCCUGCAAAUCCUGGGCAGCUUUGAGACCUGACCUGCAGAGGAAUCCUGAGCCACCACCGGACAAGGACAUUGCCCACCCUCCUGCUCCUAUGUCCUCACAUCCUGCAGUCAGUUCCCAAACUGGGGCUCUCCUCUUAGGGCCAGCAGGGCUUGGUGGGCUGCAAGUGUCAAAUAGCUGCCGAGCCAAACCAGCAGUGUACCAAGAGCUGCUCCUCCUCCUCUUUCUCCUCCUCCUUGUGUGGUCUCACCGGGUCUCAUCAGGCAAAAGCAACUUCCUGGCACUGCACACAGCUCCUCACUGUGUGAGGAAAGAGCUGCUGGUUUCAAGGGAGGACGCCUCAGAGAGGCUUGUCCAGAAUGCUUCGGGUGUCUUCAGCAAGGACGUGAGCACACAGGAAAGCAUCCACUGAUGGAAGAUGAUGCCUCUGGAGGGGAGAGACGCCGUGGUGAGGCACCUUCGGGCAAAGUUCCAACAGACCAGGAGAGAGCCUCCCAAAGUGGGUGGCUGGCCAGAGAGUCACCCUGCAGCCUCUCAUGGACCAGAGCCAGGACAGACCUCUGCCACGGCCUCCAAGGGUGAUCCUCCUCAGGAGGGCCCCUGGAGCAGGAGGGACUGCAGCAGGGCCUCUCCACCUCACAGUACAGGCCAGAGUUUGGGACAGCACUCACCUCAUUCUGCCUGCGAGACCCCGGCACUGGUGGUGUGUCGGAAGAAGGGGACAGCUCCAGGUGCCAACUUCCACCCAGUGCAUGCAAAGCCAGCAGGAGAUGUGUUGAACAAGAAGGUGGAAGCCAGCUCUGAUCCUCCCCACAGGAAGCCAGCCCAGCAGACACGGCCAGCUGCCAAAGACAAGGGGGCUCCAGUGGUUCUUGCCAAAGGCGCAGCUGCCGCAGCGCCCCUGCUUGCUGUGGGAAGCCCCCAAAGGAUGGAGCACCCAGCUCUGCCCCGGAGGAAGCCUUUGCCACAUGUCAGGGCACUGGGAGUGAAGCCAGGCAAGCCCCGGCGCCCUCCUAAUGUGGAUUUGGCAAAGUUCAGAGCAGCUGCACAUCCUGGGACAUCCAUCUCUCCUGCCACAGAACCACCAAGGAGUGCUCAGCUGGGUAUGGCCAGGCACAGGAAAAUCCCUCAGGAAAGGCCUCUGCUCAUUCAGGAAGGAAAAUCUCCCCAGUUAGAGCCUGCAGCUCCUGGGAGAUGGAAAUACUGGGAAGGCUUAUGGAGAGGUCACCUGCAACCAGGCUGUGCUGCAUCAGUGCCUGCACGGUUCCCACUGCAGGAUGCUCCAAGUGGCACGGGGGAUGAAGAUGAGAUAUACGAUGAUGUUGAGCCUGUUGAGCUGGCCAGGAGAAGACCAGGCCUUCUGCUGCCUUCUGUGUGCCAGCUGCCAGUGUAUCCCUGCCCCAGAGGAGGUGGAAAUGCUGGCCAAGCCUCCAACAGGGUUACCUUGCUGGCAGUUACACAGAGAGAAUCCCAAGUCUCCCAGAGGAUGAAGACCAUGACACUCAAGACAUGCAAGAAAGAAGAGAAGAUGGACAGGGAGUUUCAGAAGAAAUUCAAGUUCGAAGGCAGCAUCAAUGUCCUGACUCAGAUGAUGGUCGACCCUGCAGCAACAGAGAAGAGGGGCGGAGCGAAGAACCUGCCACUGAGACCGGGAGAAAUCCUUGAUGUCAUUCAGUUUACAAAUCAGGAGCAAAUCCUCUGCCGGAACAGCCAGAGGAGGUAUGGCUACGUGCCCCGGGCUGUGAUGCUGCCUCUGGACACUGACAUCUAUGACGACGUUGAGAUUUAUGGCUGAGUCAACCAUGCUGAGGCCAAAGGCACAAGCAGCACCACAGAAACCUUUCCAAGGGCUGAAACAUGAGCAGCACCCGACACCAGGCUCCUUUUGUGAAGGAGCUUCCUCUGAGACAGGCUGCAAAACCACCUUGUUCCUGCCAGAACAGAACAGCUGCAAGGCUGCUCAGCGUGUGGUGCUGCACAGAUCCUGUCCCAUGGGGCCCCAGAUCCUCAAGUCACACCGUAACUGCAGCUCUGUUUUGUCUGUGUAAAAUACAGCAAUGAUUCAAGAGGG